UUUUUUUUUUUUUUACAUUAUUUCUACCAACUAUAGAAAUUUUAGAAUUUCCCAUGCUAAAUCCGUUUAUAUGGUUAUUACUAUUAAGCAUUACCAUGCUUAUAGGUAGUUUUGUAUUUGGUUGUAUUCCUCUUGCAACUAAACUAUCUUCGACUAAACUACGUCAACUUACAGCGAUUGGUGUGGGCUUACUCAUCGGUACUUCCUUGGUAGUCAUUAUCCCGGAAGGUGUAGAAACAUUAUAUAGUAGUCCAGUACCAUCUACCACACUUGCAAACAACUUGUCCCAUAAUGGCAUGAUGGAAACACCAACUAGCUCGGCAAAUACCUAUGUUCCGAUGGCAUUAUCUCCCUGGUCAACCACCUCAACUACUACCACUACAACUGCCACUACAAAACCUUCUUCUCAUUAUACCAUUGAAGAUCCAAAUCAUCCUCAAGCAGAUAUAACGACAGACCAACAUGAUCAUCACGAAGACGCAACUCCUAAACAUACUUCAGUUGGCUGGGCACUUAUUCUAGGUUUUGGUGUUAUGUUUGUUAUUGAUCAAUUCAGCUCACUUCACGUUCAUGGAAACAAUGGUCGACUGGAACAUGAUCACGAACUGGACAGCAUGUUGGCAACAACAUCAACGAAACGAUCAGCCAAGGAUGACGAUCUUGACGACAAUGAUAAGGAUGAUGAUCAAGUAGAUGACCAAGUGGAAGAACGAUGGAAUAACAAUAAUCAUAGUAUUUCCGCCAACCAUGCACAAAGUAUGACACCGACGAUUGGAUUGAUGGUACAUGCGGCAGCGGAUGGUAUAGCAUUAGGAGCGUCAGCCAGUCAUCCACAGCUUUCUAUGGUCGUUUUUUUUGCCAUCAUGCUUCACAAAGGUCCCUCAGCAUUUGCACUGACCACUGUUCUUCUGGCGGAAGGUUUCUCACGACUUCAAGUACGGAAACAUCUUUUAUUAUUCUCCAUGGCCGCACCUACUGGUGCACUUGUUACCUAUCUUUUGCUCUCUCUGACCUCUCCUGGUGAUAUGGCGUUGGAAUACUGGACCGGUGUGCUUCUCUUAUUCUCGGGCGGGACCUUUUUAUAUGUGGCCAUGCAUGCUUUACAAGAAUUACAACCUUCUCAUCAUCAUGACAAAUUAGAGCGAUCCCAUAUAUUUUGUAUCUUAUUUGGUAUGUUCUUACCCGUGGUACUCAAUCUUGGUCAUUCUCAUUGAUAUAGAUAUAUCUUGUUUUACUUGAUUACA